AAGACAUAUCUACUUUACAAAAGCUAUCCUACAUAGAGAGCUAGCUAUAAAGGGGCAAGGAAACAAUUGCUAUGAACUACAUAAAUCCUUGAGGAUUUCCUCCACACCCAUCUCGAUUCCAUACAUCACUUUAUGCCAAGAGGUCAAUUUGUAGUCUCCUAGAGAUAGCACGAGUUGUCCUUCCACCUGCCAAGGAAAUUCCCAAAAAUAGUUAGAUUUCUUCUUCAACAAAAACCGAGGGAAAAUGUUAUUCAAGAAAAUGGUAAGGAGCCAUUUAAGAUCUUGCAAGAGUGUCUGUCACUACUCUCCUACAAAGCCAAGAUGGAGACAAGGAAUGAGAUAUCCCAAAUCUUUCCAAAGUGGAAGCAAUGACAAUUGGACGAAGAAUGGUGAGAUCAUCUCCUUAACCAAAAGAGUGAAAGUCCUUUUUUCCCACAUGAGAAAUUAAGGAACGAGAUCAACAAGUAUAACUCUUUCCAAGAUUUUCAUCAAGAAGGUAGGAAGGCCUUUUUAACAAAUUCAAAAGAGAGAUGAACAUAGAGAAAUUAUACUCCCAAAAAUCUGCCACAAAGGGACAAAGAAAUCGGCUAUAUAAACAACACCAAUCCACACUUCCUUCACCCUCUUUAUCACUUAGAAAAUUUCAUCGGAGAAUCAGCAAGAAGUGAGAGGAGAUGGAGGAAACACUCGAACAUCACAACAAUUAAGGAAUCACCAAAGCAAGGCAUAAUGGGGUGGGACUAUUAAGAACCAACCAACAACUCCCAAUUGGGUAAAUCUGAUUUCAAAAUGUCCAGCUCAGCAGCCCCUCUCCUCCAGCUCUCCUCCGCCGUGGUCCUCCUCCUGGUGUCCUCCUGCGCGGCCACCGACCACAUCGUCGGCGCCAACAAGGGCUGGAACCCCGGCCUCAACUACACCCUCUGGGCCAACAACCACACCUUCUACGUCGGCGACCUCAUCUCGUUUAGGUACCAGAAAACGCAGUACAAUGUGUUUGAGGUGAACCAGACGGGUUACGAUAACUGCACGACGGAGGGGGCCACCGGAAAUUGGAGCAGCGGCAAGGAUUUCAUACUCCUCGACAAGGCCAAGAGGUACUACUUUAUCUGCGGCAAUGGCGGCUGCUUCAGCGGCAUGAAGGUCUCUGUUCUUGUCCACCCCCUCCCGCCUCCGCCCAAGUCUUCCAUGGCGGACCACACCUCUGCCGCAGCGGCGCCGAUUGGAGUUUUGGGGGUGAUUUUGGGUGCGUUGGUCUCUGCUUGUUUUGGAUUAGGCUAGUGUGGGUGUGGCGAUAGUGGUUGUGGUGUGUGCCUAGAAAGUUUUUCUUGUGUUUUUUAUUUUUAUUUUUAUUUUUGCUCUCACUCUUCAUUUAUCCAAUUGUUGUAAGUGUAAACUGUAUCUCGACAUUAUGAAUGAUUUUGAUUUAUGAGAUUUGAUUAUGUCGUUUUA